UACAUGCACAUGGAGCCAUCUGGAAGGAGAGGGGACUGCUGACUUCACAAGGAAAAAACAUUAAACACGCACAAGAGAUAAUCCAGCUGCUGGAAGCAGUUCAGCUGCCUGAAAAGGUAGCAAUUAUGCAUAUUAAGGCACACCAGAGAGUGAGCUCAGAAUUGGAAGAAGGAAACGAGCUGGCGGAUAGAGAGGCAAAAGAAGCAGCAAAAGGUGAGGUAACUACUGAGGGAGUCCUAGUCCCAGAUGGACAAAUUUCUCUUGAAGGUAAGCCAGAAUAUAAUAAGAGAGAUAGAAAGUUAAUUGAAGACCAAGGAGGAACAUAUAAUCAGGAGGGGUGGGCCACCAUUGAAAAGAAACUGGUAAUCCCCUCCCAUUUAUUGUGGUCAUUAGUAAGGGAAGAACACCAGAAAACACACUGGGGAAUAGAUGCCCUAUACACCUAUUUGAUCGAAAGAAUUGUUGCUAGGAAUUUAUAUGCUACUAUUACUCAAGUGGCCAGACAGUGUGAUCUUUGCCUCCAGACUAACCCCAAAAAUACACCCAGGCCGACACUCGGUCAGGAGAGGCCAUGGGCCUGGACAGCAGUGGCAAAUUGACUUUUCAGAACUCCCAAGGAAAGGGGGGUAUCGAUAUUUAUUGGUAUUAACAGAUACAUUUUCAGGGUGGCCAGAAGCAUUCCCCACCAGAACUGUCAAAGCUCAAGAGGUAACCAGAGUAUUAUUACAAGAAAUAAUACCACGCUUCGGAGUUCCAGCCACAAUAUCCUCAGAUAGGGGAUCACAUUUCAUUUCCAAAAUAGUGCAACAGAUUAGUAGCCACCUGGGAAUAGACUGGGAGCUUCACACUCCAUACCGCCCCCAAUCGAGCGGCCAGGUAGAGAAAAUGAAUCAUUUGAUUAAGCAGCAAAUUAUAAGACUAGGGCAGGAGGUUAACCUACCCUGGCCCCAAGCUCUCCCACUGGCACUAUUACGAAUUCGAACUAAACCUCGAGCUAAAGAAAAGCUGAGCCCUUUUGAAAUACUCUAUGGAAGACCAUAUGGGAUACAAAAAGGAAUGUCCACCCACAUUGGGGAGGUGACACUGGCCACCUACAUGGUGGCUUUAAGCAAACAGCUCAGAGAAAUUGAGAAGCACGUGGCUGGAACUCGGAGCAGGGAGUUGGACGGGCCAGUACAUAACAUACAGCCUGGAAAUUAUGUAUAUGUUAAGUCUCUUACAGAAAAGACUUUGGAACCACAGUGGGAGGGGCCGUUCCAAGUACUUCUCACCACCUUCACUGCAAUCAAAAUCAAGGAGCAGAACGCCUGGAUCCAUCAUUCUCGAGUCAAGAAGACCCAGAAGCCUCUUGGAGAGUGACACCAGGAGACAAUGAACUGAGACUAAAACUUAC